UGGAAAAUGUAGAGCUAGGGUUUCAAAUCCCUUUCUCUCUCUCUCAACGCUUAAAAACCUUGCUGUCUUUGAUUUCCCAAAUUCAUUCAGACCAAAUAAUGGGUAGGAAGAAACCCAAGGAGCCAGAAAGGGACGCCGUUUCAGCUCAGCCAGACAUUUUCAAGACCCUAUUCGGCGACGCCACCAGCGACGACGCCGUCCCUUCCAUAUUCUCUGAAAGCAACCCGUUCAGGAGGACGAACCAGGAACCCGGGUUAGGGUUUGUUGCUCCUUCAGUUGAAGCUGCGGAAAACGUUAACCAUGGUGAUUCUGAGAACAGUGGUGAUGACGGUGAGGUGAAAAAGAGGAAGAGAAGUAAAGAGAAGAAAGCUUCUGGUUUGGUUAAUGAAGAAGCUUCAGAGACUCCUUUGGAGGGCAAGAAAGUCAAGAAAAAGAAACUGCAAGAAACACCUAAUUUGGAAAAUCCUAAUUUGGGUUAUGAGUUAAAUGGGGUAUCAAAGAAGGGCAACGGUGAAGCCUCCAACUUGGGGGAACGCCCAAAUAUGGGUGUUGAAACAAAAGGCGGUGAUGGAAUGAGUGUGGUGAAGAAGAUGGAUGGGAAGAAGAGGAAAAGAGAUGAGCUUGAGAGGGAAUACGAGGCAAAGAAGUAUGGUGUGAAGGAAAGCGAGGAAGUUGGAGACAAGGAUGUGGGUGCAAAAGUUGUUGGGGAGAAGAGGAAGAUGGUGGAUAAUCCAGCUGAUAUGCUGGUUUCGAAUGAAGGUUUCGACGAUGAGAGUAAGCUUUUGAGGACUGUUUUUGUUGGGAAUUUGCCCUUGAAAGUCAAGAAGAAGGUUUUGAUCAAGGAGUUCAGUAAAUUUGGAGAGGUGGAGUCCGUAAGGAUUCGUUCUGUGCCAAUCUUGGAUACCAAAAAACCUAGAAAGGGAGCAAUACUUACGAAUCAAAUCCAUGAUAAAGCUGACAGUGUUAAUGGCUACAUUGUUUUCAGAACAGAGGAAUCUGCACAGGCUUCUUUGUCCCAUAACAUGGCUGUGGUUGAAGGACAUCAUAUCCGUGUUGACAGGGCAUGCCCACCUCGUAAGAAGCUGAAGGGGGAGAGUGCUGCUGUAUAUGAUCACACAAGAACUGUUUUUGUGGGUAACCUUCCAUUUGAUGUGAAGGAUGAAGAAGUUUAUCAGUUGUUUUGUGGUAUUAACAAUAUGGAAUCCAACGUUGAAGCUAUUCGCAUAAUCAGGGAUCCUAACUAUGGUAUCGGAAAGGGCAUUGCUUAUGUUUUGUUCAGAACAAGGGAAGCUGCAAAUUUGGUUGUUAAGAAGCGAAACUUGAAGCUUGGGGAUCGGGAGCUCAGGCUCUCUCAUGCAAAACCAGAUUCUACCCCGUCCAAAAGAAAGAAUCCCUCAUCUGGCUUGAAAGCUAAUUCCCCAGCCAAAAAGCUAGCAGUGGGUUCAAGGACUCCGGAUUUUAACAAGGUGGGUUCAAAGGAUACUAAGUCCUACCAGGGCCUGCGUGCAGGUAAGCCCGGUGUCCAAAAGAAAUUUCAUUCAAAAAGCAGUAGGCAAGAUACGUUCGAAUCAAGAUCUCAGAGUGGAGUGAAGCCGAAAGAACGUAAAGACAAACGACCAUCUGUUGCUGCCAGAAAAGCUAAAGCAUCAUUCAAAGGUGGCCCUGCUGCAAAACAAACAGGUAUAAAGCGUAAGAUGGAUAGCCGAACUCCUGAGAGCUCCCAGCAGAAGAAGAAAUUCAAGAAAUAUAGGUAGGAGGACACAAUAAUGUCCAUUGGCAAUUGACCUGAUAAAGGCACCUCCGGUUCUGUGUUAAGAGAAUUAUGAAAUGUGUACCCUGUCCAAUUUCAUGUACCAGUCAUUAUAUCGUUUCAUUUCAUCAAAUAAUUUUUAUAAGUUAAUUUCCUACA